UUCGACGUGGCGUGUGUGUACGGAAGCAAAGUGCCCUCGGAAAUGUAGCAACGCUGCAGAGCUAGAUUAUACGGAAGAGCCGAGUUGUCAUUCACACACACAGCUUUCAAUGAACCGGUCCAGGCACGGGUCGAAAUGCACAGCGGUGGACCGAACCCAAUCUUGCUUCGGGAAAAGGCUUAGUUAGAUCCGGUUCGACCAGGCAGGUUCAAACACAAUUAAAAUGAGUUCGCAGGAGGUGUUGAGCAGCGCUACAAAACUAGCCUCGUAUAACGUGCUGCUGCAGGUUAUGUUUCGAGGGCUUACCUUUGUGCUCAAUGCUUUCACGCUUCGCUUCGUGUCCAAAGAAAUCAUCGGGGUGGUGAAUGUGAGGCUCACACUGCUCUACUCCACCGUGGUGUUUCUGGCAAGAGAAGCCUUUCGUAGGGCCUGUCUGAGCGGAAGCACAGAGCAAAACUGGACGCAGGUCAUCAACCUUCUGUGGCUAACAGUGCCUGUGGGGGCGCUGUGGUCGGUUAUGCUGGGCUGGGUGUGGCUGUGUCUGCUGGAGGUUCCUGACCCGGCCGGUACCCCUCACUACGAGGUCGGGGUGCUGCUGUUCGGACUCUCCGCAGUGGUGGAGCUCCUGGCAGAGCCCCUGUGGGUGCUGGCCCAGGCGCACAUGUUCGUGAGACUGAAGGUGAUUGCUGAAAGUCUGUCCAUCAUUGUGAAGUGCCUCCUGACUGUGCUGCUUGUGCUUCUGGUUCCUCACUGGGGCCUCUACAUCUUCUCGCUGGCUCAGCUCGCUUACACCAGUUUCCUGGUGCUGUGCUAUGUUUUGUAUUUCGUCAAGUUCCUCGGAUCCCAGGAAGCGGAGAAGUCGUCUUUCCCUCUCUCCAGGGUCCGCGAUUUAUUACCGAAAUGCACAAGAGACAAGCCAGUGGUUAACUGGAGACUGGCCAAACUGACUUGGAGCUUCUUCAAACAGUCAUUCCUCAAGCAGAUCCUAACAGAAGGUGAACGCUAUGUCAUGACCUUCCUAAAUGUGUUGAAUUUUGGAGACCAAGGAGUGUAUGAUAUAGUGAAUAACCUGGGCUCUCUGGUGGCCAGGUUCAUCUUCCAGCCCAUUGAAGAGAGCUUCUACAUCUUCUUUGCCAAAGUGCUGGAGAGGGGGAAGCAAGCCAAGCAGCAGAACACGGAUGACGUUACCAUGGCAGCAGCGGUUCUGGAAUGCCUCUUGAAGCUGGUGCUUCUGAUUGGCCUGACCAUCACGGUGUUUGGCUACGCCUACUCUCACCUGGCCCUGGAUAUUUAUGGAGGGUCCUUGCUGAGCAGCGGAUCAGGUCCCAGUCUUCUCCGGUACUACUCCCUGUACGUGCUGCUGCUGGCUGUCAACGGUGUGACCGAAUGCUUCACCUUCGCCGCUAUGAGCAAAGAACAAGUUGACAGGUAUAAUUUCGUGAUGCUGGCACUGUCCGCCUCCUUCCUCAGCCUCUCGUACUUCCUCACCCAGUGGCAGGGCAGCGUGGGGUUCAUCCUGGCAAACUGUCUCAACAUGACGCUGCGCAUCGCUCACAGCGUGCGCUACAUCCAGGGCUACUUCUCCCACAGCUCCUCCAGGCCUCUGGCUGGCCUGCUCCCCUCCCCAGCCCUGCUGCUGGUCUUCCUUGGCAGCGCAGGGCUCACCGCCCUCUCGGAGGUGUUGUUGUGUUGUGAUAGCGGCUGGAUCUCACGGCUGGUGCAUAUAGCCGUGGGGGCUGUGUGUCUGCUGGCUGUUCUGACCACAGCGUUCUUCACCGAGACCAAAUUAGUUCAUUUUAUAAGAACUCAAUACUUAUCCCGUUACACGAAAAAGGGAAUGUAACCAAGGGAAGGCUAGCUAUCUGUCUGUGUCUGUCUGUCUGUCUCUAUCUGUCUGUCUAUAUAUCGAUCUGUCUGUCUGUCUGUCUGUCUGUCUGUCUGUGUAGUACCAGUGGUUUACUGUGGUAAACCUGCAAGUGUGAUUGUUAAAAUGCAUUAAAAAAAAUAAUGAUUGCAUUUCUGAUACACCAUAGAUUGUAGAGCAUGGAUAGCUGUGUAAUUACAUUGUGAUAACUGAGUAAUUACACGGUGCCAACUGUAUAAUUAUGUGUAAAUAGCCUUUGUGAACAACUACAUGUUACCUGAUGUGAUUCCAUGGUACAGGCCAUUGUGAUGUCAUCGCACACUUAUUCACUAGCAGGUACAGUGCAAGUGCAGAAGUGAUUGGUAGUUGCUUGGUUAUUACUGUGCAUGGUUAUGUGUGCCCUGUAAUCUCAUGAGCUGCUCGUUUUGUAUGUUAUAAAAUGUUACAGUACUGGGAACAAAGGAACAUGAGUGUAACCUCAUUAUGUAAAGUAAAUAUUGAAGACAUCAACACAACAUUCUCGUACCUGUCGUGUGUGCUGCACUUUCCUUACUGCGUCAAAAUGUACCAAUGACACCUUCAUUUUAAAAGGGGUAGCAGGGCGUGCGGUUUUAAUUUUUAUUACCUAGAUUUACCUUUCCGUGAAUGAAUUUGUUGCAGUAAAUCACCACGCCGUCGGUCAGAGCUGUGUGUUUAAUAACUCUGCUGUGGGUUUUGUUGUCAGUUAAGUUUUAUCAUUGUACAUUUUGACUGCAUUGAAAAAGGAACCCAUCCUCUCAGCUGUCCAUUUAAAAGCUGCGUCCCUUUUAAAAGAACAUGCAGUAAUAUAUGGUGCAGUCAUUCUUUCUCCUGCAGUGUGUUUUGCACAAGGAAGGGAAAUUAAUUCACUACAGCCUGUCUUCCAGCAGGGGCUGCUGUUUCAUAACGUCUUGCCAUCUGCAGCCAAGCAAUCUGUGUGAAUGCAGGCAAAGCCACAGAGGCACCUUGAAUCAGCCUCCUGUCAAAUCCUGACACAGCUCGGAGUUCCUCAGGAUAAUGAUGGAUGAUGCCCACGUGGAGCAGAAGCUUUCUCCCUGUCAGUGAAUUCCUCUGAAGACAGGUUUCCACCUCCACGCAGCGUUCUUGAUCAGAAUAACCUUCUUAAAGCCUGCUGGAGAUGCUCUUCUGUUUUUAACCCAAGUCUGCACCCGAUUGCUGUAUGUUGUGAUUCAGGGGCAUUCUCUGUUAAACGGGGGAUAUCGUAUUUUGCAGAAAACGACCCACUUCUCUUAAUGAAUCGCGGUCUUUCCCAGGUUCCGUGACAGCCGAUCACCCUGAAUGGACAACGUGCGGAAGCGAAGAACUGGAGCCUAAAAGGGUCAAGGUCAUUUUUGAAUGAAAACUGAAAGACGGUAAUGCUGACGUUCACAUGCAGAAGGGAUGAAUGUGCUGGCAGAAUUUUUUUUUUUUUGACCAGGCAGCACGCAGUGUGUCGAGGCUGGUUUGAUUCAUUUCCCAUUGAACCUCAGCCAGUCCCCUUGUUCACUAACUAACUCAGUAUCCCAGAACAACGUAAAGCACCCCCUAUUCAUAAAUGGUCAUAUAUAUUGACACUAAACUUUACGCUGACAGGAAGGCUGAUCAUUUUUAGAAACGUAGUUUUGUAUUCGGCUUCUCUUUGCCCAAACGAAGGCUGCUUAACUGAAAGGCAAACAGAUCCACCCCGAGGUUACAUAUGGCCAACACAUGACAACGCGCUUUGUCAUUUUUAUUGCAGAAAAUUUGCGUUCAAGUUUUUUAAAGGAUUAGGCACACUUCCUCUGAAGUUCUGCCGAAAUGUAUUCAGAUUCUUUUAACUGGUUAUUCACUUAGCGGAUGGACAUAUUUCUCUGCGCCCACAUUAAAAAGUUCUAUGAAACCCUCCAGCAUCUGCCAGAAAUCCAGUGGAUUUAUUCAGUUUAACUGAGGCAGGCUUGGCACCACUAUAGAACGUUUUUAUCAUAAAUCUAGUAAAGUCUAAUAAACUUGCACGGGUCGUAUUGGCAGUGGAUAGAAAUCCAUUAUUGCAGCGGUAAUUGCAGAAUGUGUUCUGUAUUCAUCCCAUGGGAAUGACAUUGGGCUGAAGUGACCUCCUGUAUUGAUUGUGGAGCCACCAGUGAUAACGCAGCAACGUUCAGUGAAUCAGCUUACCACUAACCACGUCUCUCCUCAUACAUGUGUGUGGAAUUGAACAGCUGAUCUGGUUAUAACCAAAUGCAAGGAGGCUAGGAGUCUGGGUUUGGAUUUGGACAGACAGACAUUAUCAGCGCAGAAGGCUUGACACAAUGAGGACAGUGUUUUGCUCCGUGUUGCUUUCAGGGGACAUCGUACGGGAGCUCAGGACCUGGACUCUUCAAGUGUUGAUUAUUUAUCUUGUGAUCUCAGCAGAACUCAUUUUUAUUGUCAUUGUUUUUCAUGUCCUCAGUGAGCCUACAUUGUAGCAUUCGUUUCAUUUUUUAUUGGUAGAGUAAAAUAUAUUGUGUUGCUGAAAAUGGCUUUUGUCAGUGCAGCGUUUCCCUUCGUAAAAACAUAGCAAAGUGUAAUUAAGCAUAGUGUAAGCACGGUAAAGCCCACAGAGGCAUGGUAAAGCACAUUUUAAAACAAUGACGAAGCUGGAUAAACUAUAGUAAAUGCACAGUAUAGCCAUGGGAAAAGCAUUGGGGAAAACUGCAAAAUUGCCGUGCAGAAACACAGCAGUAAACUUUAAUAAGAGUACAGCAGGCUUUUAUGACUGCUCCAGUGACAGUCCAGGGGUGAAAAUAAGAUUGCUAUUCUAGAACUCGAUUGAAUGGGCUGUACGAUUCUAGAACUCGAUUGAAUGGCCUACAAGAUUCUAGAAGUCGAUUGAAUGGGCUGUACGAUUCUAGAACUCGAUUGAAUGGGCUACAAGAUUCUAGAACUCGUUUGAUAUUCUGAGCUGCAAAAUAAAGAAUGCGGUACCACAGAGAAA